AUGGACCAACCUCUGACGGUCAAUGCGCCUGCUUCGCCACCGGCACCGGCCAAACGCUCCAACCUGCGCUUUGUGCCCACGCUGCUGCGCAAGAACUGGCUGCUGAAGCGCAAGCACCCCGUCGCGCUCUUCUUCGAGGUGCUCACGCCCGUGCUCUUCAUCGUCGUCAUGGAUCUCGUGCGCACCACGAGCACUGACAAGACCGUGCCCUCCGGGUUCACUCUGGGCCCGACGUCGUACAACCUCUUCAGCCCAGGCGGCUGGUCGCUCGUGGGGCCGAGCACGACGCCCAUGUUCGCCACGCCCGAGACCACGCUAUCAGGACUGAUGCUGCACCUGGCCUACAUGUCGUUCGACUACGGGCGCCUCAUGAAGACGUUCACUUCCGAGAACCGCACGAUCUGCGAGCGCGAGCUGGCACUUGGAGGUCGAGUCAGUCUCAACUCGUCGUCACCUUACGCUCUUCCAGCAGAGUGUGAAGGUCGCGUAUCGCCGUUCAAAUUCGCCAUUGCGCCGGACGACGACUUCACGCGGAACUACUUCUUCGAGACGAUGAAGCAAUGGUACCCGACUAUCGUCAUCAAUGACUCAUCCAACGCGUCGCAGCUUGUGAUCCCGUCGUUCGAGGAUAGCACUGUGUUUUUCGAUACGGAGGAUGCCCUGGAAGAAUACGUCAAGUCGUCGGACUACGCCAAGACCGCAGCUCAGCCGCGCAUCUUCGGCGCCAUCGUGUUCAUCACUUACCCGACCGACGCCAGUGCCAUCGGUCAGCCCGCUUCUAUCGAGUAUACGCUGCGCCUGAACUCGACUUAUGUCGGCGACAGCGAGGAUAAUCGAUAUAUCCCGAGAACUGUUGGUAGCGACGGCGCGUCGACCUGGGGUUCCUUCGAUCGCAAGCUCGAAACCACUGAGUAUCAGCAGUACACGACGAAUGGCUUCAUGACGCUACAGACGCUCGUCACGCGCUUUGUCAACUGCCUACCCGACUGGGAUGCCAGCACCAAGAGCACCACGGGUGCUUGCCAAGUGAACGCGUCUACCGCGCUGUCCUCGGAUGGUCUGGAUCUGCGCCUGCUAGAGACCGUGGUCAAUGACCCCGCGACGAAGUUUGCUGGUGGUUUAUUCAGCCAAUUGUUCAGCGAAUCGUCCCCUCUCAGCAGCGACGCCGCCGAGUUGCAGCUGGACGGUACUACUCGUGACGCCCUGCUGACCCCGCUUCGCCAGACGCCACAGCCGUACCUCGGGUCGCUAACCACGCCGUUCCCUAUCGACUCCUUCGACUCCUCCUCUUUCUACGAUGCCGUCACGAACGCCUUCCCCAUCUUCUUCAUCCUCACGUACUUGCACCCGUUGUCGAAGAUUCUCGUUGGGUUGAUGUCCGAGCGGGAAACGAGGUCACGAGAGCUCAUGAAGAUUCUCGGCGUCAAGGAGUCCAGUAUUGUGAUCUCGUGGUACAUCACGUACAUCGUGAUUUUGUUCGUGAGUUGCGUGCUGCAGGCCUUAGCGGCCGUCGCCAAGCUGUUUCCGAACACGAAUGUGGUGCUGCUGUUCCUGUUCUUUUUCCUGUUCAGCUUGAGCGUGUUGGGCUUCGCCUUCAUGGUCAGCUCGAUGUUCUCGAAAUCGCGCACGGGCGUGUACGUCGGCUUCAUCGCGUUCUUCAUCAUGUACGGCGUGACGGGAGCUUUCAACGAUUCAUCGUCGGAAUCGUCCAAGAACAUCGCGUGUCUGCUGGCCCCGGUCGGACUCGUCUUCGGCAUCAACUCGCUCGCGUCUUCAGAGACAUCACACGUGGGGAUUUCGUUCGCAACCGCGUCGCAGCGUAUCGACAACUUCCGCUUCUCGACGGCGCUCUGGUACUUCGCACUCGACACGAUAUUGUACACGCUGCUGGGGCUGUACUUCGAAAAGGUAAUCCCCAAGGAGUACGGCAUGCCGGAGAAAUGGUACUUCCCACUUCGCCCUUCGUACUGGAGGAAGACCAGGAAGUUCGUCACGUCGACUCAGGCGACUGAGAAUGGAUCCGCCGUUCAGGUGGAUUUGAAUCCCAACAUUGAGCCGGUGAGCACAGACCUGAGGGACCAAGAAACUUCGGGUGAGGCGCUCUCUGUGCAAGGUCUUCGUAAAGUAUUCCCCGUACCUGGUGGCGAGAAGGAAGCUGUCAAGGGGUUGCAUAUCAACAUGUACUCAGGCCAGAUCACGUGUUUGCUUGGACACAACGGCGCUGGCAAGACGACGUUGAUUUCCAUGCUCACGGGCGUAACACCUCCGACGGCAGGGGAUGCUACCUUUCACGGGCUCUCGUUCCGCGAAGACAUGGACGAGAUCCGUGAAUCUCUUGGUAUUUGCUUCCAGCACGAUGUCCUUUAUCCGGAACUGUCCGUCCAAGAUCAUCUUGAAUUCUACGCUCGCAUCAAAGGGUAUAUGGGUGAAGCACUAGCGGACGAGGUCGCAGCCAAAAUUCGCGAGGUCGGUCUUGUGGACAAGCGAGACACGGUCAGUAGUGCGUUGUCCGGAGGCAUGAAACGUAAGUUGUCGGUGGCUAUUUCGCUUCUUGGAGACAGCUCUCUCGUGUUUCUGGAUGAACCAACGUCAGGUAUGGACCCGUACUCGCGACGCAGUACGUGGGAAAUCCUGAUGGGCAACCGACAGAGCCGCGUGAUGGUGCUGACGACGCACUUCAUGGACGAAGCAGAUAUCCUGGGCGAUCGCAUCGCCAUCAUGGCUGAGGGUGAGCUCCGAUGCUGUGGGUCGGCGCUGUACCUCAAGAACCAGUUUGGGGUGGGCUAUAACCUGACGAUCGUGAAGGCGGAGCACUGCAACGACGCCAACGUAAUCGACUUUGUCUCGCGAUAUAUUCCUUCGAGUCGCGUGCUCAGCAACGUGGGCACCGAAAUCGCGUUCCAGCUGCCUUUGGAUAGUUCGUCCCAAUUCCCAGCCAUGUUCCGCGAGCUUGACGAGAAUCUCCACAAUCUCCAAGUAGCAGAAGCAUCAGACGAAGACCAACAGCACACGCUGCAGAAUCGAGUCAAACAGCAUACGCUGAACGCCCAGGACAGCAUUCCAAUCGUUGGCGACAAACCGACUGAUGGGCACUACCACGGGUUGGACCGCACAGGCAGUUCGUUGCCGCUGGGGCGUUCCCGAUCUGUGUUCUUGACCCAAAUGGUGGCGAUGGUCCAGAAGCGUUUCCGAAUGGCGAAGAGGGACAAGAAGCUGUUCGUGGUGGGACUGCUUCUGCCGGUGGCGUGGCUGAUCUUUGGGCUGUCGAUUCUGAAGGGUGCAGGUCUCACAAACAACGAUCCUUUCAUGGCGUUGAAGCUGAAUGGUCUGGAAGACGACGCUAGAAGUAUACUGCUACCGUCUUUCUGCGAGCAAAGCUCUGGUAGCUGGUGCGAGACCGCGUUGGGCAGUGACUACUUCUCCGGUGCGUCUAUUGUGACUCUCAGCCAGGACGACAUCGGUAGUCCACCCUACUCGAGCGACUCGCCCACCGUCUUCAACGUCCUGUACGACAGUCCCUCCAUCAAUGCGACUGACGCGACAGGAUACCAGUUGAGAGUGAGCGAGAAGAUUUUCACCCGGGCCUUCACGGAUCAUAUCUCGGACCAGUUUGGUGGGUACCUAGUUCAUGCGGACGUGGACAACAACGUAUUCGGCUACAACGUGCUGAUCAACACGACGCUGACACAUGGUUCAGUCGUGUUCAAGGAGCUCAUGGAUCAGUCACUGUACCGGUUGAUGGCCACGCAACACGAUUCAUCAAUUGGGGCAUCGGAUCUCAGCUUGACAGUGAACAACCACCCGCUCCCGUUGACUGCUGAGAACACCGCGCUGUUUUCGGCGUACAUUUCAUUCACGGCGGUGCUGUUCAUUAUGAUCGCGUUUGCGUACUACCCAGCUUCUAUCGUCGUCAUGCUGGUUCGAGAGAGAUCCCCCGACCACAAUUCCAAGCACCAGCAACUCGUGUCGGGCGUCGGCAUCAACUCGUUCUGGACUGCAAAUUACAUUUGGGACUUCGUCGUGUUUCUCAUUCCUGGGGUCAUUGCGCUGGCGCUCAUCCAGGCUUACGAUCUCUCGGCGCUCACGGGCUCAAGUGCGUGUGUCACUUGCGGCGACUCAACGUUUGUCGCUGUGAUCGUGCUGGUGCUGGCCUUCGGGCUGGCCAUUUGCCCUCACGCGUACUGCUGGUCGUACUUGUUCACGGACCCGGCGUCUUCCCAGACGUACAUGAUUCUGAUCAACUUUGUGCUGGGACUCGCUCUCAUGAUCGUCUCCUUCGUGAUGCAAGUCAUCGACAGCACCGAGAGCGCGGAUAAGGCACUCCAGUUCAUCUGGCGCUUGUCCCCUCUCUUCUGUCUUGGUCGAGGCCUCCUCAACUUGACCGUCAUCGAGAUUACCCACACCGGAGGAGCUGAGGCCGAAAACGAGCUCUCUAAAGACCCCUUUGCGCUGGAAAACACCGGUUACGAGAUCAUCUAUCUGCUCAUCGACGCGGCGCUGUAUUACGCGCUUGCGGUGGGCAUCGACUACGCGCUGAAUUUCCCCAAGAUCAAGUCUGCACUCUCCAAAGACCCCGAUAUCCCAGUGGCGCACCGAGUAAUUGACGAGGAUGUUGGAGCUGAAGUGGACCGAGUAAUGCUGGGCGGUGCGGACAACGACACCAUCAAGCUACAAAAUCUCCGUAAGGUUUAUCGAAAGGGUCAGAAGGUUGCGGUGCAGGACUUGUCGUUCGGACUGAGGCAGGGCGAGUGCUUUGGCUUUCUCGGCAUCAACGGCGCUGGCAAAACGACCACGAUGAAGAUGCUGACGGGGGAUAUCGUACCCACAUCCGGCAACGCGACACUGAGCGGCUUCGACAUCUUGACGCAGCAAGUGGAGGUUCGCCGCCAGAUCGGCUACUGCCCGCAGUUCGACGCACUCAUCGACCUACUCACCGUUCGCGAGCAUCUGGAGCUGUUCGCCAAAAUCAAGGGCGUCUCGAGCGCGGACUUGGACUUCGUAGUGUCCGAGAAGAUGGAGCAGCUCAACCUGACAGCAUUCGAAGACAAGUUGGCCGGCAGCCUUAGUGGCGGUAACAAGCGCAAACUGUCGGUGGCCAUCGCGAUGAUCGGCUCGCCCAAGAUUCUGUUUCUCGACGAGCCAUCCACAGGCAUGGACCCGGUUUCCAGACGCUUCAUGUGGGACGUUAUCUCGGAGAUCUCGACGUACAACAAGGAAUCAACGGUGGUGCUGACAACGCACAGCAUGGAGGAGUGCGAGGCGCUGUGCACUCGCGUUGGUAUCAUGGUCGGUGGUGAGCUCAAGUGCCUCGCCAGCGUGCAGCACUUGAAGAACCGCUUCGGUGACGGCCUCAUGUUCGACGCCAAGCUCCAGGUGCCCUCCGCUGAGGCCGUGUCCGAGCUAGUGCUACGCCGCUUUGACUCACUCGGCACCCGCAUCGACCAAGACGACCUCACCGAGACGUGUCAGCUAUUCGGCAAUGCCUCGUGGGCCCAGAAGAUCGUAAACACGCACCCGACAGGACACGCGAUCGCCAACUUGGCCAAGCGCGACGGCUACGUCUCGACCAGCAGCUUCGCCGCGUGGUGGAUCACGGAGACGCAGUUCGAGAACGUGGCAGCCUUCUUGCAGCAGAGCUUCGGGGCGUUUGAACUGCUGGAGCGGCAGAAUGAUUCAUGCUGGUUCAAGAUCCUGGACCAGUCCACCGGUGACUCGCACAACCGGGCGCUGCGCUUGUCCAACGUGUUCGAGGUGGUGGAGAACGCCAAGACUCGUCUGUCCAUCCGCGAGUACAGCGUCUCGCAGACCACGUUGGAGCAGAUCUUCAACGCCUUUGCGAGCCAGCAGGACGCGGACGAGCCCGUCCUCACCACGCCCACGAACAGCCCCAGCAACGCGGGCGGCAGCCUCAUGGCACGUCUUCUACGCAGGAAGUAA